AUGUCUCAAUCCAAGACGGUUUUCUUCGACAACCACCAACGCCAGUUAAAAAUCCCUUUCAUCAUCUACGUGCACUUCGAGGCCCUUCAAAUCCCUACGACCAAGCCUCGAAUUAAAAUCGUUCACAAACCUUGCGGCUUCAGUUACUCCAUCAAGUGCUCCUACGACGACUCCCUCUCAAAAUACGAACAAUUCUUCGGCGAAUUCAGCACCAAAGUUCUUUGGGAGAAGCUGGAGCUCGAAUGCAAAACAAUCACCAGAAGACUGAUCUCGCGAGCCGAACCUCAAGACCGAAAACUGAACGAAGCGGAACUGAAGUCGUUCCGAAGCAUCGUCAGCCAGAUAAUGAACUGUCACUGGUGUGGAGAACAACUUGAAGAAGACGACAAGGAAGUGGAUUUUUUUAACCUGACGGGUCAGUUUCUGGGGGCUGCUCACAAGAAGUGUAAGUUUCAGCCGAAAGUACCGCAUUUCGUACCAGUAGUCAUGCACAACUUGUCUAAAUAUGGCGCCCAUUUCCUUCUCAACCACCUCACGAAUGACGAAAUGAAGGAAAUUUCUUUCGUUGGUAACGACAAGCUUGCGAAGCUCGGUUUCGUCAGGAAGUUCCCGAAUUGUUUUCCUCUUCGUUUCAUCGACUCGCGUCGCUUCAUGGAUGAGCAGAUCGAAGAUCUGGAGAAUAUUCUUGAAGAUUCGAAGAAACACAAAAUCAAGGAGGAGUUUCGCGGGAAGAAGGAGUUCGAUUUGAUGAAGAAGCGGACGUGUUUUCCGUUCUACUACAUGGAUAGUUUCAAGAAGUUUUCGGAUGGGUGUUUGCCGUUUAGGAAUGGGUUUUUCGACCAGAUUCGAAGAGAAGAUGUAGGUGACGAAGAGUACGAGAGGAGUUUGAAGAUUUGGGAGACCUUCAAGUGUAGAUCGAUGGGGGAUUAUUUUAAAGUCUACUUGAAAUCGAACGUGUUGCUGUUGGAAGACGUGUUUGAGUCGUUCAGGUCGUUGUGUUUGAAAAAGUACCAUCUAGAUCCGGGGUACUAUUUUACGGCUGCCGGGUUCGCGUGGGACGCCAUGUUGAAAUUCACAAAAGUGAAGUUGGAGUUGUUGGAGGACGAAACGAUGAUCGAUUUUUUGAAAAGUAAUCUUCGUGGAGGGAUCACACACUGUUCGAAAAGGUACGCAAAAGCGAAUAACGUGUAUUGUGAGUACGAUAGACGAAAAGAGUCCAGUUUUAUAGUGCAUUUAGACGUCAACAAUCUCGGAGGGUGGUCUAUGUGUCAAAAACUCCCGUUUACGGGGUUUCGGUGGUUGAACCAAACCGAAAUUCGACGAAUCCAAAAAGAAAUUAAGAACCUUGACGAUAACGACUUUGGUUACGUGUUUGAAGUCGACUUGGACUAUCCCAGAAGUCUACAUAAGCUCCACAACGACUUACCGUUUUGUUUUCAACACCUAACAAUCCCACCACCACCGAUAGCCCCCCAUCUAACAUCCUACAAAGCAGUUCUAAACUUCUACAACAAAAAGAACUACGUUCUCGACUACCGCAAUCUACAACAAUGUCUCCAGCAUGGUCUCAUUCUCAAAAAAAUCCAUCGCGUGCUGAAAUACAGACACUGCAAGUGGUUAGAACCCUACGUAAGCUACAACACCAAACUGCGAACUCAAACCACUUGUAAUUUCGAAAUCAAACUCUACAAGUUUCUAAACAACGCGGUCUAUGGAAAAAUGACGGAAAAAUUCAGCAGCGACAGACCCAUCUAUGCAGGUUUCACCGUGCUGGAGUUGUCCAAGAACUUCGUCUACGAUUUCCACUACCAGAAGAUGCUCGCUAGAUACAGAAACAAAAUCAACCUUCUCUACAUAGACACAGAUGGUUUAAUCUACGAAAUCCAAACUUCUGACUUCUAUCGCGACGUCAAGCAAGAUCCAAAUUUUUUGAGCUGGUUUGAUACUUCGGGUGUCGAUAAGAGAUGGGGGCUCCCCGUGAUUAAUAAAAAAGUGUUGGGGAAAAUGAAAGACGAGUUUGGGGGGAAGAUAAUUCGGGAGUUUGUUGGAGUCGGUGCUAAGGUGUAUUGUGUGGACGUCGAGGGGGAGGUUGUGAAGAAAGUUAGCAUGAAGAAGAUAGUGUCGAUUGAAGAUUAUAAAAAUUGUGUGAUUUAUGAUGAAUACGUGAAGAAGAAAUGUUGGACGACUGAGGUUGUGGGGCACGAGAUUUAUACCAGUGUGGGUGUAAAGGUGCUGUUAUCACCCGGUGAUAAGCAGCGGUUUGUACUGAGUGAUAAGAUUAAUACUAUUGCCUGGGGGUUUGGAAAUUAUUAA